UCUGCGUUCCUGCGGUCCCCAUUUUGCGCGGGCAUGAGAGCCGAUUCAUUUGAAUGGACUCCUGUGCUCCAGUACAUGCAGAGAAGAAGUCCCUGCAGUUUUUCUGAAAACGCAGCCCGCAAAGGAACCUUGGUUCCCAGCACGGUUGCGCUUUCCAGUGCGGGCGGCGUGCCAUUAGAAUAAAUGGCACCCGCCUGCGGGUCCACAUUCCUCUGUGCGGGUGGUGCGGCUGCACGGAUUUUCGUGCGGAUCUGCAGCAGCACCACCCGCACAUAUGUGAACCUAGCCUUAAAGCUCCCUAAA